CUGCCCGAGCUUCCUUUUCCACACCAGAAGCUUAAAGGACAAAGUGAGCAGUCGGUCACAAUAUUUUCGGAAGGAUCUCCUGUAGUUUUGUUUUUAGUUGCAUGAAGCUUCAGUAGUCAUUUUUUUUUAACAGAGAUCAUAUUUUAAAAUGUCUAAAGUUGGAAUCUCACAUCUGCUGGUAUUUUUUGCCUGUAUUUCGUCUUCAGCAAUCCAUUGUCAAAAACAACGAGGUUUUAUUGGACUUCUGGAUUCACACUCGAACACUGUCUAUGUCGACUCGGUUACAGAAGACAUAUUAAAGAGUGGCCUGACCACAGUUUUCCUUCCUCUCGUCUACAUUUUUGUGUUCGUUGUGGGUUUGCCAAGCAAUGCUAUGGCAAUUUGGGUCUUUGUGUUCAGAUCAAAGAAGAUCCACCCAGCAGCUAUUUACAUGGCCAACCUUGCAUUGGCUGACUUGCUUUUUGUCAUCUGGGUCCCAUUCAAGAUUGCAUACCACUUCAAUGGCAAUAACUGGAUUUUCGGAGAGGGUAUGUGUAAAGUUCUGGUGGGUUUCUUCUAUGGAAACAUGUACAGUUCGAUCCUGUUCAUUACUUGUUUGAGUGUGCAACGAUACUGGGUGGUGGCUCAUCCGCUCACACAGCAGAGGUCAGACAACAGACUGGCUAUUGCUGUAUCAGUAAUCAUAUGGGCUUUUGUAUGGAUCAGUACAACACCACUGUUCCUGUACCAGCAGACAGCCAAACUUUCUGAUCCUAACAUAACCACUUGCCACGAUGUGAACAUUAUUACGCUGGAAAACUUUAAAAGUGGGAAUACCUUUCAGGAUGUUCAGAAGCCGUACUAUUACUUCAUGGUGAUGGCUGGGUUGGCAUUCUUCAUACCAUGUGUGGUUAUCAUCACAGCAUACGCCCUUAUGAUGCGCAAAUUGGGACACUCCAAUAUGGAAGGAAGCAGCGCUAGCAAGAACCGUCACCGGGCCAUGGUUCUCAUCAUUACAGUUCUCAUUGCAUUCCUGGUCUGUUUUAUUCCUAGCAAUGUCAUGCUGGUGGUGCAUUAUGCUCUACUGAGGAAUGGAAUUACUAACAAUGGAUAUGGUUUCUACAUCACCUCCUUGUGCUUGGCCAGCCUCAACAGCUGCCUGGAUCCAUUCCUCUACUAUUUUGUGUCUGAAGAGUUCCGAUCACACGUGAAGAAUACACUCCUGUGUCGAAGCAGCCGGACUGUGGAGAGGAUGAGAGUCUCCUUCAGUUCCAUGAAGUAUUCUAAGAAGUCCAGCAUUUACACGUCUAGCACAGGCAAUACAGAUAGCAGUAUGAUCUAAGAGCUGCAGUGUACAUUUAAAAAGAGAAUGGAUGAUUACUUAGACUGACUGUGAAUUAUUAUUUUAUUUAGAGAUUCUUUAGACUAAUAUUUACACUUUCUCAGGCAGCAAAAAUCCACAAAGGUGGAUUAACCUUUGUAAGAAACGAGCCAUGAGUUUUUUGACUGAGUGUGUAUGAAAGAAAGGGUGUGUCUGUGUGUGUGAUUUUAUAAGCUGGAAAUGUUACUUGGAGCAAAAACAAGUAGAAUCACAGAAUUAAUCGGGUGCAGCCACUCAAAUUUGGGAAUUUAUUUGUAGGGGGUUUUUCCCAAUAUAAAGUGUGAAUGUCUUCUGCUUCUCACAGACUGAAUCAGUCAUUUGACUUUGCUAUGUUCUUUUCCACAAUAGUAGUUGUGUUUUUGUCCCCUGCUUCCAGCUUUAUUUAAAACUUCAGAUUUGAUGGUUGUUUUAAUGUCUCUGGUGAUUUUGUGUCACUGGUUCACAAAGAAUAACCCUUUGUGGAUAACCUGAAGCCAAUCCACAAUGUAAAAACUACUUUGAAAACAGACUUCAACAGUCAGAAUAUACCAAAUGUAUAUGCAAAAGGCGUAGAUUUAUGAAGAUGGAUGAAGACCUCACUGUAGUUCAGAAAAUCCGUCAUCUCUAUAUCCACUUCUUCCUUAAAACUAGACACAUUUAUUUUUGUACAUAUUUAUGUAUUUGUGAAUUUAAUAAAUGUUUUGUAUAUUCAAGACAA